GGAUCAGGACCCCACAGCAGACCAGCGCUGAACUUUAAAGGACUUUCAUCCAGACAGAAGCUCGUCCGUCUCAGUCGGGGGAAACAUGAAGACUCUGGUGACUCUCGUUCUCGUCGCUCUCAUCUGCUUCCUGUGUCACAACUCUGAAGCUGCAGUCGCACCAAACGCUUUGUUUCAGCAAUGCUGUCCGAAAUGCGCUAAGAUGCGGAUUCCUAAGGAAAAGGUGAAGCACAUGGCCAAGACCUCCAGUGACUGUAAGCUCAACGCCAUCAUAGUCAAGACUGUGUGCAAUAAGACAAUUUGUCUCGAUGGCAACUUGGUUUGGGCGCAGAAGAUGUUCAACGAAUUUAAGGAAAAGCCAUUCUCAACUAUAAACACAACCUGUCACUGAACCUGUCAGAGAAACCACGAGAGGCCGUUUCCCCGUGGAUCGGACUGAUUACAUGUAGAUUAUGUUCCUGACACGCCCAUCACUGGAUGAUUGUACAGAAUAAUAACAUCGUGACCUUGGAAGUUUAGGAAAUUAAGUGAGUCUUGACUGAUAGUACAGCUUAAGCUUUAAAGAGUUCAGACUGCAGCCAGAUAUUCUUCUGAAAUACAUGACUGAAUUCAUUUAAAGGGUUGUUUGAUGCUCGGGUUUGUACAGUUGUGUAAUUAUUGAGUGUUUUAAUUGAUUAAAUGUAUGUUCUAAAAAGUGAUUUAGUGUUCUGCUGUCUUCAUUUUGAAAGCAACGAGAAGACCAACUCCUCUGUGUGCUCUGAGUGCUUCAUUGACACCCUGA